AAACUGUCCUACUUAUAAACGUUUUAAAAAAAUAACUGUAAAUGGCAAAUUAGUUAACUGUAAAUGUGAUCGUAAAAUGUUGUUUCUCUUUUAUUUAUUAGAAAGAACAACUAACCUACAUGGUUCAGUGUACAUUUUUUGAUUGGUCGAGAUGGAUCUUUCUUUUUUAAAAAUUAUUUUUGCUUUUAUGGCAUUUUCAAUUGUCAUUUUAAGUGUAUUAAUUAAUACUAUCGAGUCUAAAUUACCAGUGUCUAUAGUGCAAACAUUUAGGUAUGGUAAAUUUUCAAGUGAUAAGAAACAUUUCUUGGUUAACUACUUUGAAGUACCAAAAUAUUGGUUCAAACAUUUCUAUGUAUUCGCUGCUAUUUGGUCAACACUUGGAUUUAUAUUAGUAUUAUUAGCCUUUAUAUUUAAAGGGCCAGUACCUAAGUUUGUAAUAGAAUUCCUGGAUAUUAUAGCAUUGAAGAAUCGACAGACUUCCUAUAAUGCGACUGCGACUACGAUUGCGAUGCUCUGUAUGUUAAUUCAAUGUUGGAAACGAUUUUAUGAAACUCAUUAUCUAAGCAUAUUUUCAAAUUCGAAAAUCAAUAUUUCACAUUAUGCUAUUGGCUAUAUACAUUACUUUGGUUGUAUAGCAGCCAUUUUAGCUGAGGCACCAUCACCUUUCACUACACUUUCAGUAGAUCAUUUAUCCUACUUUUCAAUUAAUGAUAUUAAUAUACAAUUGAUAGCUGGACUUAUUAUUUUUCUGUGGGCUUCUCAACAACAGUAUUUAGCUAAUGUAACAUUAGUGAAUUUGAGAACUAACAAAGAUGGGAAAAUCAUAACAUAUGAACAUAAAAUUCCAACAGGAGGAUUAUUUGACAAAAUAUCUUGUCCUCAUUUGUUUUGUGAAGGGCUCAUGUAUAUGGCCAUUUAUAUCAUGCUUUGGGGAAGUCAGACUUGGCCUUAUGUUUUUUUUUGGGUGUUAUGUAAUCAAUGUGAAUCUGCAAUGCUUAAUCAUUGGUGGUAUCAAUCAAAAUUCAAAAUGUAUCCAAAAGAAAGAUAUGCUUUCAUUCCAUAUAUAUUGUAAUCUAAUGAUUAAUUUUUAUCCAAAUAUAUUAA